CAACAAACAUGAGGUUCGCCGUCUUAGCACUCCUUGCAGGGUUGUGCGCCCUGGGCUCGUCCUACCCCCAGCAGCAACAAAUCAAUGACAAACAGUUUCUGGAGAGACAGCGAGAUGUUCUUCGUUUGUUCCGGUACGUCAACCAACCCAGCUACUUCAAGGAGUACGUCCAAGUAGGACAGAACUACAACAUCAGUGAGCACCAAAACGACUACACUAACCCUCAAGUGGCUCAGUACUACUACCAAAUCUACCAGUACGGGUUGCUUCCAAGGGGGCAGGUCUUUUCCAUUUUCUACCAAGAGCAGCUGCAGCAAGCCAUUGCUUUGUACCGACUCUUCUACGCCGCCAAAGACUACCAGACUUUCUACAAUACAGCAAUCUGGGCCCGUCAAAACGUUAACGAAGGUGUCUAUUUAUACGCACUUAGUGUCGCUAUAGUCCAUCGCCCGGACACCUACGGAAUCGUGCUUCCGCCAAUCUACGAAGUUUACCCGUACUACUUCUUCAACAACGAAGUUAUCCAACAAGCUUAUAGGUACAAGCAACAGUACUACCCACAGAGGCAGCAAAAUGAAGGACAAGGUAGCUACAAUGGUUACACCAUCAAUGCGAACUACUCCGGGUACUACUUGAAUCUGAACCCUGAACAAUCGUUGUCGUACUUCACCGAAGACGUAGGAAUUAAUUCCUUCUACUACUACUACAACAUCUACUACCCGUACUGGUUGGGUGGCCAAGACUUCGACUACUCACAUGAUCGCCGUGGCGAACUCUUCUACUACGUAUACCAACAGAUCUUAGCCCGGUACUACCUGGAACGCAUCUCCAAUGGUUUCGGCGAAAUCCCAUUCUACAACUGGGAAGUACCAUUCCAAACUGGGUACUACCCAUCGUUGCAGUACUCGAACGGUUUACCCUUCCCAGUCAGACCCAACUACGCCAACUUGUACGAGUACUUCUACAACUACGGUCAAAGAUAUGGUAGCAACAGAUACGCCUACAGUUACACAAGAGUACAAGAUUUCGAGAGAAGAAUUCGUGAUGCCAUUGAUAGAGGAUACGUCUACACGCCCGACGGCCAACAAGUCUACUUCAACACCCAAGAAGGCAUCAACAUCCUCGGAAACCUAAUCGAGUCCAACCCAGAUUCACCUAACUCUCAGUAUUACGGUGCCAUCCAAGUCUACGCCCGUCACCUCCUGGGGUACUCCUACCAACCCUUGAACCAGUACCAAGUGGCCCCGUCUGCUUUAGAACACUACGAAACCUCCCUCCGUGACCCAGCUUUCUACCAGUUCUACAAGAGAGUAGUUUUGUUCUUCCAGCUGUACCAAUCGAAUCUUACAUCUUACACCGAACAAGACUUAACCUACCAAGGGGUUGAGGUUACCAAUGUCCAGUUUGACCGUCUUGUCACCUUCUUCGACUACUUCUACUCCGAUCUUAGCAACGCUGUGUUCGUGACCCCUCAAGAGUACGACACUGACAAGGUCCAAGUGAGAGCUAGGCAGUACCGUCUCAACCACAAAGCUUUCACCUACAGAAUCUAUGUGAAUUCUAACCAAGAACAACAAGCUAGUGUGAGGGUGUACAUAGGGCCCAAGUAUGACGAAUAUGGUCGCUAUGUCAAUUUUACCCAGAAUAGACUGAAUUUUGUGCACUUUGACCACUUUAGAUAUAGUUUGCAGAAGGGCGAAAACGUGAUUGAACGCAAUUCGCGCCAGAGCUACUUCUACCAGAAUGAUAGAACUAGCUAUAGAGAGUUGUACCAGAGAGUACUGGGUGCUUUGGAGGGUAAUGGUGCCUUUACUGUCGAUUCAAACGAAGCCUAUUUUGGUUUCCCUAGAAGAUUCCUCUUGCCUAGAGGCAGCUAUGGUGGUACCGAGUACCAGUUCUACGUGAUCGUGAAUCCCUAUGUUCCGUAUCAACAAGGACAGCAGCAGCAACAUAGUCAAGGACAGAAGUUCUACUACCCAAGAGCUGGGUCUGGUGGCCUGUAUGUUGAUGGUUACCCAUUGGGUUAUCCGUUUGAUCGUCCCAUUAGGUUUGAUCAAGUUUACUACAACAUCCCCAAUUCCUACGUCUACAGUGCUAGGAUUUAUCAUAGAGAUGUUAGCGAUAUCAACUCUUCGAAUGCUUCAAACCAGUAAUUGAUAAGUUUGGUCAAUAUGCAAUACUAGUACUCGUAUAUGUCAAAGCAUGAAGUGAUUUUGUAUUUUAAGGUUAAAUAAAGUUGCAACAAUA